AUGGGAAUUUGGGCAGGUCUCAAGAGAGCACUUGAAGGACCAGAGAUUACUGAGUCCUAUAGACGGAGAAACAAUCCUGCCGGUACAUCGGACCAGAACUCUACAGGUAGUUCUACAGGAAAAGAAGGUGGAUUGAAUGUUCAUGAGACUGAGGUUUCGGAAGACCUUCCUUAUAUCGACAUUCAGGUGAAAUUGACACCAGAAGAGAUUGCAAGAAGAGAAAAAUCUGUUAUUUUCAAGAUCAGAAAGUUCUUUUGGGAUGGUACCGGAAAGCAUCCUAAGGAACAGAAGUAUUUGGCUAAACUUGACUUCUUCUUGUUGAGUUCUUCCAUGUUCGGUUACUUCAUCAAGAACUUGAAUCAGUCCAAUAUUGCUACUGCCUACGUUAACGGAAUGGACGAAUACUACAAAAUGGAACAUAACCAGUAUAACUACAUGGUUACCUUGUGGACCGUUGGAUACAUUAUCGGCCAAAUUCCUUCUAAUCUUAUUUUGCACAGAAUUUCGGCAAGAUACUACUUGGGUGGUUUGGAGAUCACUUGGGCUUUGUUAACUGUGUUGAUGAUCACAUGUAAGAACUUGCCAUCUGUGUAUGCGUUGAGAUUUUUCCUUGGUUUGUUGGAGUCGGGUUUCUUCCCCGGAAUGGAAUACUUGGUCGGUAGUAAUUAUAGUGCGGCUGAACUUUCUACUAGAAGUGCCUACUUUGCAGUGGCUGGAAAUGCUGCCGGUUUGAUAUCGGGUCCGUUGCAACAGGGACUUUUGAAGAGAUUUGCACAUUCAUCAAUGCCUCCAUUCAAGUGGAUGUUUGUUUUUGACGCUAUUAUCUCUUUGCCCGUGGGUAUCUACACUAUGAUGGUGGACCCCAAUACCCCAUCGACCACCGACGCUUGGUACUUCACUGAGGAAGAUAGACUUGUUGGUUUGGAGAGAAGAAGACUUAUCGGAGCAGAGUUGAACACUCGUCAGAAAUAUACCUGGCCCAAAAUUAAAUCGUUCUUCAGCACCUGGCAUCUUUAUGUUUUCCCUCUCUUGUUCUUGGCCUACAACAAUGCCUGUGCUGUUGCAUCUCAGCCAGCUUUCACUACUUGGAUGAAGCUUGACUUGAAGGUGAGCAGUUACGUUUAUAAUACCUAUCCUACCAUUUUGAGUGCUUCAGCCAUUUUUGUGACGUUGGUAUUGGCAUACUCUCAUAAUUUCAUUGGAGGAAAGAAGAAUCACUUCUACGUUUACGGCUUCUUUAUUCCGCUGAUGAUCGGAUGUGCUUUGCUUGCUCACUGGAAGAUCCCUAGAGGGCUUCAUUGGUUCUGUUACUUCUUGGUUGGCAUUCCUCCUUCGUUCGGCCAGCCUUUCAUCUACUCUUGGGUUAACAGGCUUUUGUUCCAAGAUGAUAUGAAGAGAAACUUCGUCGUUGUCUGUACGAACACUUUGGCGUACGUUACUGGUGCUUGGGUUCCUAUCUUUGUGUGGAACACCCAGGAUAAGCCAGUGUACCACAUUGGUUUCACAUACACCGCGUGCUUGAAUGCUUUUGGUGCUGUUUUGACACUGUUGGCGUGUUACUUCACCCGCAGAGAUACUAAGAGGGCUAAGGAGUUGGAAGAUGAUGCUGAAAAGAACUCCAUUUCUCUUGUCAGUGACAAAGAGUAG